AUGGGGCGUAUGAACCACUGCUUUGCUGCCCUCUACCUUGGUAUAGCAGCCAGCAUCUACUUCCGCCCAGAGUCUGCCAUCUACGGCUCCAGAAUUGUGACUAUUGCCGUCCUAGCUACAGUCAUUACCAUAGCAAAGCUAUUCUAUCAGCUGUUCUUCUACCCUAAGUUUUUCACGCCAUUGAAGCAUUUUCCCACCCCGUCGAAUCGACACUGGCUCACGGGGAAUACGGGCAGUCUUAUUGUCGAUACCCCCCAUGCGUUGAUGAAGGAGUGGGCGAAGACUGUUCCUAACGAUGGAAUUCUUCGUUACUACAUUGUGGGAAACAUGGAAAGACUGACGAUCACCAGCCCUGCGGUCCUAAGCGAAAUUUUGGUGAGCAAGGCUUACGACUUCGCAAAGCCCUUGGUAAUACAGCAAGCAUUGAGGCGUGUGCUCGGCAAUGGCAUCCUGAUUGCCGAAGGCGAGGUGCAUAAGUUUCAGCGUAAGAACCUCAAGCCAGCUUUUGCGUACCGCCACGUCAAGGAUCUCUAUCCUGUCUUCUGGUCCAAGGGCAAGGAGAUGGCCAAGUUGAUUCGAAAGGAUCUACGGACCAGAAACGCCCCCGGAGAUAACACAAUUCGAGUGAGAACCUGGGCGAGUCGAGCCUCGCUAGAUAUCAUUGGUUUAGCGGGCAUGGGCCGAGAUUUCGACUCCUUGCGCAACCCUGAAAGUAGUCUCAGCCAAUCGUACGAAAUGGUCUUUGCCACGCCAGGUUUGGGAACUAAGGUCCUUUUUAUACUUGGAAUGCUCUUGGGGAAUACGAAAUGGCUUGCAAAGUUACCCACCAAGCAGAAUAAGCUCAUUGACACGGGCUGCCGCAAUAUCCGUGAUGCCACGCGGCGGAUGAUCUGCGAGCAGAAGGUAAAGAUGGAAGAUCCAACUGCAGAGGCACAGCUCGACAUCAUUUCCGUUGCAAUGCGAAGUGGCAACUUUGACGAUGAGAACCUCGUUGACCAACUCAUGACCUUCCUAGGUGCUGGCCACGAGACGACCGCCGGGGCUCUUCAAUGGGCUAUAUAUGCGCUUUGCAAGCAUCCAGAUGUCCAGGUCCGUCUCCGCAGCGAAAUCCGCGCCAACCUGCCACCCAUCAAUGUGGAAAACCCCGGUCCAAUCGACGCUGCCAUCAUUGAUAGCCUCCAAUAUCUCAAUGCGGUCUGUAAUGAAGUCAUUCGCUUCCACCCGUCUGUACCAAACACUGUCCGUGUGGCACUAAAGGAUACCACGCUGAUGGGGAAGCCUAUCCCUAAGGGUACGCAAGUCGUUAUUUCGCCGGAACUUGUGAAUCAUAUGCCAGCACUGUGGGGCACGGAUGCGGAACAGUUCAACCCAGACCGAUGGAUGGGGCCUGGUAAGGCCAACACUGGUGGCGCAACCAGCAACUACGCGUUCCUGAGCUUCCUUCAUGGCCCGCGCAGUUGCAUUGGACAGGGGUUCGCCAAGGCGGAAUUGGCAUGCCUCCUCGCUGCGGUGGUUGGUAGUUUUUCGUUCGAAUUAAGAUACCCGGAUGCUCCACUAGAGGUGCGAGAGGGAGCGACUAUUGCACCGAAGGAUGGGGUCUUAGCCAAGUUCACUCCAUUGGAAGGAUGGUGA